AUGAGUUCAAUUUUUUCACAAGAGAAUGAGGAUGAAAUAAAUAUAAUAGACGAAAGAUACCAAAAUUUACUAAAAUUGAAGGCGCAUAAAGGCGUCGUGAAUAACGAAAUAAUUGGAGUUAAUUUUAACACCUUAAGUGGAAAGACAGUGAGUAAUCUUAGCAGUAACGCAGUUAACGUUGUUAACUGCAACACUAGCAAUAUUGGCAAUAUUGGUAACAUUGGCAACAUUGGUAACAUUGACAACAUUGGUAACAUUGGCAAUAUUGGCAAUAUUGGUAACAUUGGUAACAUUAGCAACAUUGGCAACAUUAGCAACAUUGGCAACAUUAGCAACAUUGGCAACAUUAGCAACAUUGGCAACAUUAGCAACAACAUCAGCAGUUGCAGUAAUAUCGCCAAUAGCAGCUUUCACGGUAGUGCAAACAAAAGCAUUCCAGAAAAUGAAGAAAUUCACAAUGGAGAUUUUAUGAAUAUAAAGUUCAGCCAAAACGGCCAGUAUAAGAGAUACCAUGAUUUUUAUAAUAACAAAAGCUCCUUUCAGCAUUACCUGAAAAAAUUGAAAACGUGUAGAAUAGAUGCAGAUGAACUUCGAAACCUUUUAGAAAAACAGCUUUCCCGUGAUCGUGAAAAUCAAGUUAUUAAAUCAUCACAAGACGAUGAUAAGAAAGGAUUUGGAAGUGAAACAAAUUCAUCAUCAUCGAAUCAUGAAGGUAUACACUUAUAUAGGAAACUUAAUUUUCUUAACAAAAAUAAUAGAAGUAAAUCAAAAAAUAAAAACAGAAAAAGAAAGAGAAUUAAUUCAAAAAUUGAUAAAAAGUUUAUUAUUAAAUGUAGAACUUGCAAAUAUAUCAACCCAAACGGCUUCAAAAUGGGAGAUUACUAUACUUGUCAGAAUUGUGGAUACAAUGAUUUUUCCGUUUUAAGGUCUAGUUCACCAAAUAACGGGGAAUAA